AUGAACUUUUUAGUCAAUAACAUUGAACGUCGUGUUGGCUACGAUCUAAAUGGUGAUGGCUAUAUCGGCGGAGAAGGAUUUAUGAGUAAAUUAGAAAGACGAACUCAUAUUGAUUUCAAUCGUGAUAAUGUUAUUGGUCGCCAUCCUGAUAUUUAUUAUGGCUAUCAAGGAGCAUAUGGUUCUGGAUACAGUAGUUAUCCAUAUACGAAUUACGGGUAUACUGGAUAUCCUUAUUAA